AUCGGUUUAACAACAGUCCUUUAAAAGACUUGCUCGCGAUGACACAAACAGAAAGUGUUACAAGUUAAAGUUUAUAUAUAUUUUUUUUAAUUUUAAAUUAAAAGUUUUUUUCGAAUAAUUAAAAUGGCUACUAUAUUGAGUGAUCAAAUGAGUGGGUUAAAACUUCAAACUAAAACUGUUGGUGAAGAUAGAAUUAAAAAGGCUAAGGAACGAAAUGAAGAUGUUGCUAUUCUUUCAAUGGAAUUACCUGGACAAAAUAAAAGUUUUAAGUGUUCUGCGGGUUCUGAGUGUUUAAUGGGAGAUCCUACAAAGUUACCUUUAGGAACGAAGAAAAUGGAAUACAAGACGAGGCAGUGGCACGAAAAAUGUUUCUGUUGCGUUGUUUGUAAGACACCGAUUGGAACUCAAAGUUUCAUCCCGAGGGAACAAGAAAUCUAUUGCGCCAAGUGUUACGAAGAGAAAUAUGCUACUCGUUGCAUUAAAUGCGACAAGGUCAUAACAAGUGGAGGAGUGACGUAUAAAAAUGAACCAUGGCAUAGAGAAUGUUUUACCUGCACUCAUUGUCAAACAAGCCUGGCGGGUGCUCGUUUCACCAGCCGCGAUGACAAGCCUUAUUGUGCCGAUUGCUUCGGGGAGUUGUUCGCAAAAAGAUGUUUUGCAUGCAGCAAACCAAUUACGGGUAUCGGAGGAACGAAAUUCAUUUCGUUCGAGGACCGUCAUUGGCACAACGAUUGUUUCUUCUGUGCUAUGUGCCAUACCAGUUUGGUAGGAAGAGGUUUUAUCACCGAUCAGGAAGAUAUUAUCUGCCCCGAAUGUGCUAAACAGAAGUUAAUGUAAAAAAAGUUUACCAAAAAGUUUGCUCCUAAUUUUGUCGAAAUUUUAAUUAGGAAAGAUGUGAUAAGGAGAAUCAAAAUUAAUUUUUUUUUGUGGUAGGAGCAAAUUUUUUUAUAUGUAAAGAGUUUUUAUUUAAUUAAAAUGUUGAAAAAAAAAUGGAGAAAUAAAGAAAGUAUGAAAGAUCUAGUGAUAAAAAAUGUACACGAACACACAAAACAUUUUAAAUACACAUACACGAUACACAAAACACAUUUACACACGAAACACGACAUUCAAACAAGCAGAUAUUUUUUUUACCUGCACUACACAAAAAAGUAUUUGUUAAAAAAUUAUUAAAAAAAUAUAUAAUAUACUGGAUGGUUAUUAAAAUUAUUUUACGACAGUUUUUUUUUUAUAACCACUCAGUAUAAACAUUAUAAUUUGUCUUUAAGGUCUAAUUCAAAUUGGAACUUUGAGAUGAAUACUUUUUUGAAAUAUUUAUUGACGAUUCUAUUUUUUAUAUUAACGACGUACAGAUAUAAAAAUUGCCUUAUUAAUAGUUAGUAAUGCUUAAAAAAACAAAUAAUAUUUUUAUAGAUCGCGAUUUUCUCUUUCGUCCUUAUAACACAAAUCAAAUAAUAAAAUCAUCCUUCGAAUUCGGUGGCCUUAAAUAACAAAAUCUAAUAUCAAAACUUUUACAAUACAACUUCUUCGUUUCCUAUUCUUUAUUUUGGGUAUACUUAGUUAGUGUUUGGGUACGUUGAGAGUAUACUGCCUAUAUAAGCGUGAGUUAAUCCCCUUUUUAUUUAUUUGUAGAUACAUAAUAAAUACCUUUGUACACAGCUUUCGUAAGCAUUUAAUUGUAAAAGGAUUAUUAUUAAAAAAAAAACAAUGAGCAGAUAUGGUGCUACACAGUAGUAAUUAGUUGGCUUAAUAAUUUAAUAUUUAAGUGUCUCCUGUAACUUAGUCACCGCGGUUUGCCAAAACCGCUUUUUAUUGUAAUUAUCUUUAUUAUUUCGAAUAAGAAUUAAUUUUUUUUUUGCCAAAAUAGGACAUUAUUGUUAUGUAAAUGUUUAUUAUAUAUAUAUUUAUAAAUAUAUAUAGAAAAACUUAUUUUCAAUUUCUUGGAAUGUUACUUGUUAUUGCUUCUCUUUAAAAUACACAAUAUGAUACAGGGCUUUGCUUACAUAGGGACAUUGUUACAUAUAUUCUACAAUAAAUCUCUAAAAUUUCAAAAAUUAA